AUGUCUCAUUUCGAGGUAAUCUGCUCGUGUUUCAAGUCAAUGUCGGCACCAUGUAAAAAUGUAUUCUGGAAAGACGAAAAGUUGUACUUUAUUUUUGACAUAGGUCAAAAACUUUUCACUUUUCGUGCUCCCUAUCAUCUCAAUCAAAUUCGGAACCAAAGCAGUACAUGCGUACAGCAAUAUUAA